UUAUCUCUCGUACGGUCACUAGUAGCGAAUCAAGUUUGUGCCUGUGCGAAUGUUUGUGUUUACGCUAAAGUAUAUAUCGAAAAUCAAAUCUGUGAAAAUUAUAAUUGUUCUUGCCAAUGCUAUAUUGUAAAGGAAUUCACAAUGAAGAUAGCAUAUUGUUUGAUAGUAAUAUUUGUAAUUAAAACUCAGGCGCAAUUUAAUAUUGUUAAAUGGCCGCAACAAUACAAUUAUAGAAGAGUACUGCCUCUCGCCGCAAACUUUAACAACGAGCCAGCUCAAAAUAGUGGUCUAGAUUCAUACGACAGAUAUAUCAACUCUUUACUAUCAAAUGAAAACAAAAUUGGAGAUGUAAAUAAUGCCAAUGAUAAUAUAAAUAAAGUUCAACCAACACGGUACGACGACGACGAGUCUCCGAUUGUUUCAAAACCGGUUAGAUUCGUUGGAGUCGGUACAACUGAUUUUGAACAACUGAACAAUGUUACUUACGCCCUAACAGAAUUUAGCGUCAUCUUAAUGAGAAGUGUUAACCAAUUAAUAAGAGGAAAUGUUAUAGUUUCUCCCACGUCUAUUGCGACAGUUUUAGCUCUCCUACAACAAGGAACUUCGGGAGAGGCUCAGGAUCAAAUGACAAGAGCUCUUUCAAUGCCACCUAACGCCACAGCGCCUACUUAUCAAAGACUUACGUAUGAUAUGAAGAAAAGAAAUUCAAGAAACAUACUGACUGUUUCCAUCAAUUUAUACCUCGGAGAAGGUUUUCAAAUAGAACCAGAUUUCAAAGAGACCUCUGUUCAAUAUUUCGGUAGCGAAAUAACAAAUGUUGAUUUCAGUAGACCUGGUCCAGCUGUUAGGCAAAUAAAUAAAUGGAUAUCGAUCCAAACUCAUAACAGAAUUGCCGAACUUCUACCGGAGAGUGCUGUUAGUUCCUCCACCCAAGUGCUCAUAGCAAAUGUGGUAUAUUUCAAAGGACUUUGGGAGACAAAAUUUAAACCAGAAUCCACGAGAGAGCUAUUGUUCCACUUAAGUAGUGGCGAAAGUAUUACAGUGCCAUUUAUGCGCAUGCGCCAUUCUUUUAGAUAUGGUAUAGAUGAAGAGAGUAAUUCAGCUGUCGUUGUAAUGCCAUUUGAAAGAUACCAGUACUCUCUUAUAAUUAUAUUACCACAGCAUCAGUCUAAUGUAGACAUUAUAUUAAAAUCACUAUCAAAUAAUAAAUUACUGAACUAUCUUAAAUUUGAUGAAAGUGAAAUCCAAUUGGAAAUUCCGAAAUUUACCAUAAAAUCACACACUAAUAUGAUACCAGUCUUGCAAAAGAUGGGCAUCACUGAAAUUUUUUCACCGCAAGCUGAUCUUACGCGUAUUGGAACUUACCGGACGUAUUCACCUAGAAUAUCUAGUGCUAUACACACCGGUUAUCUGUCAGUCGACGAGCAAGGUCUAUCAGCAACGGCUGCUACAAGUUUUGCUGCAAUCGCCUUAUCAUAUGAGGAUCCCCCUGCACUGUUCCAGGCUAAUAGACCAUUCCUAGCCGUAUUAUGGGACACUCAAUUCGCUAUUCCUUUGUUUAUAGCCAAAAUUGAAGACCCAUCUAAGUGAUAAUUUCAUGUUAAGUUUUCUACUACAGAUAGUUAACUUGAUUUUUUAUUCUAACACUUAUAUAUAUUACGUGUUUAUUCAUUUCAUUAUAGGACUGAUAGUUUUUAUACCCUCUAUGUUACGACAUAUACUUUAACAUGGACAUAAAGACAUCGCUUAUAUUGAUAACAAACGUUAUAUUUAACACAAAUCAUAUCAUGAUAUUGUCAUAUCAAGAUAUCAUACUGCCAUCGAAAUAUUCCGAAAGGAAAUAGGCCUCAGCUUCUUAAUCUAAAAUUAAUUUUCUUAUCAAAUAUAAGAAAGUUUUUAAUGAUACAUGCAAUCAGUUAAGUUAAAGGUUACGUUUAAAAAUACGUUAAAUAAAAAAAAAAACAUGUUUAAGUUUCACAUUACAUGUUUUAAUAUUAAAAUUCUUAUUUAUGCAAGUCUUAUAUUAUCUCUUUAGUCUUUUUAAUUUGUUUAUAACGGGAUCGUCAGCAAAUGUCCUAAAUUGUCCAUUGUAAUAGUUUUCAAUUUCUUGCAAUGAUUUGCCUUCGGUUUCUGGUAAGAAAAAGUACAAAUAUAUCGUACCGGCAAAACCGAAAGCUGCAUAUGUAGCAAAAGUUCCCCAUAAUUUCACACUGUUCUCAAGAUUAAUGAAGGUUUUAGAACCAAGAAAUGAAAAAACGUAGAAACUAGCAGCUGAUAAACCCUGGGCUGUGGCGCGGCUUCUGUUAAAGAUUAAUUAAAUAUAUAUUAUUAUGUUC